AUGACCUACAGCGAACCCGUCAUGGUAUUUCCUUGCCUCUUCUGCUGGACACCAGAAGUCAAGUGCCCCAACUACGUGUUCCUCAACAAGAGUGCCUGCGUCGACUGCCAGAGGCUUGGGAGGCAGCAUGGAGGGAACGAGCUGAUUGCGACAGACGUCCACGAGACCUUUGUGCGAUACCUGCUCGAUAAGUACUCGGAAGGGGGCGGUAUCACAUAUGAGAGAAUCAACGAGUACAUUUCCAGUGCUAGGCAGGUCAACGUGGACAAUCUCCUCACCGUGGCACUUGACUACAUCUAUCGAAAUUUCCGGGGUCUAUAUCACCCCGUCUGCGACGCAGUCGAGGCGGCUCGUGAUAGGGGUCCUAUCCAGUGGACACCCAUCAACCUCGCGGAGCGACUCGAGAGAAUAAGGACCGAGCGAGAGCGACAACGCCGAGGAAAUACGCCUCUGUAG